AUGUGGACAGCGCUCGUGCUCGUUUGGAUUUCCUCCUUGUCCUUAUCUGAGAGCCUAGUGCCAAUCAAGGAUCCACUCCUCAACAAGAUAAAUAAUCCGGACAGAAAUGCAUCUGUGAUGACAGUUACGAGAGUCCUUAAUGGAACGUCUGAAACAAUGACCACGGUGACACCUCCUCCUGUCCCAUUGGCCACAGGGAGCCCAGUGGCCAACGCCAGCUCCCCUGCGAUCACGGCAGGGGGAACUCUCAGGACAGACACAGGGACGGAAGGUGCCCCUGACCGAGUAGCCUCCAGGGCACCCCCGCCACCCGCCUCAGCGUCGUUGUGGCGGACCCCGUCCUCCACCACUGUCAGCGUCCCUCGCGUGCAGAUGCCAAGCGGCAGCCUGCUGCCGGGAACAGCAGCUCUGACGACAGCGGCCACCAGCACUCAGCCUGCCCCUGGGACUACAGCGAGUGCCCGCAGCCCUUCCCAGCACGCCCCCGGCAACUCUGCAGCCAACCCCGCGCCCCCCUCGGGUCCCCAAGCACUUAACGUGUCCGCACAAGCCUCCACCGUCCAGGCAUCAGCGGCCCAGCCUGUGGCUGGCAUGGCAAGUGGGCCCACACCCACCCUCUCCAACACAGCCUCAGAGCCCACCCGCCCAUCUGUGGCUUCCAUGGCUCCCGUGGCCACCAUAGCAGGGACCAGCACUACGGCCCAGGCCCAGGAGCCGACUACCAGCACAGCGUCAGCACCUGCACCCCACACCAGCCCGACCCCCAAGGGGGAGGCCACAUCCUCCACAACCCGGCCGAUCCCUGCUCCAUCGACCUGGGGGACCGCGGGGCCGGCCACAACCCAGAGCCCCGAGCAGGUGCGGCCUGACACCUCUCCUGGUGCCGCGUCCACCGCCCCAACGCCCAGGAGUCCCAGGGGCUCGAAGAUGCCGACCACAGCCUUGUGCCCACUUAGCACCCAAGGCCAGUACCUGGUGGUCACCACCAAGCCCCUCACCCCAUCUCUGGUGAACAAAGGUUUCCUCCUGGCAGUGCUCUUGCUCGGGGUGACUCUUCUCAUCAUAGUUUUGGUUCUGUUAGUUCUGCAAGCCUAUGAGAGCUACAGGAAGAAAGAGUACACGCAGGUGGACUAUCUCAUCAACGGGAUGUACGCAGACUCCGAAAUGUGA